UGUAUUUCUGGAAAUUUGAUCGGGUUCGGACUGUAAAGUGAAGCCAUCACAGACGUAUGACCUUCACCUGCACAUAUCCCAGAAUCAAACGUGUUAUUUGUGGAUUUUUAAUGUUUAUUUUUUCAGUCAUUAUGUAUGUCAUACAGCAUACGAAGGUGCAAGAAAACAUUAAACAACCAGAUCUAGGAUCUUUAUGAAGAUACCCCAGGUUUUCCACGAUAUUUUGAUGAUGGAGGGUGCUGAGAUUGACUUGGGGGAUUACAUGGACGUAGUUACCACCUACCAGUGUAAGUUCUGUAGCCAUAGGUGUCAAACCGUGAAAGACAUGGCUACACAUGUUCAACAGGACCAUCUUCCAAUAGCACCCAAAAAAGAAACUCCUCAGAUAACAAAAAAUGUGGGUACAGGAGAAGAAAUGGAAAAUGUCAUGAUAUCCCAAGUUGACCAGCUGGACACCCAAGACAAAGCUCCUUCUGAUAGAAUACUGAGUGAAAUAGAUGGUGAAAACAUAGACUUGAAGCUAGGCACUACUGAAACUGUUGCACAGAGUAUUGAGAACCUGAAAAGUGCUAAUCCUACAAUGGAAGAAGACUUUGUCCAUGAAACAAGUCAUAAACUGACCUUUGACAUAGAUGGUAAGAUUGUGGAAUUAUCUCUUGCUAAUGGAAACUUGGAAAAUAUAGAUCAACCAAUUAUCAUGAAAAGUGAUGUACAGGAACUAGAAGUAUUGGAUUCUGCAGGAAAUUUUGUUACUAGUGAUGCAGGGACAUCUACUGUAGACUCGCAACCAAUUACAAAAGAAUUGUUCCUUUGUGGUCAAUGUAACACUGGCUUCACUAGCAUGGAAGAAUGUCAAGGUCACAUGUAUAAAGAUCACAAUGUAACAUUGGACGACGGGAAAGUGAGUGUAGGUACACAAGUGGAGACUUCACGGAGGAAGUCUCAGAGACAAUUGCAAAAUGAUUCUGAGGAUGUGAAAGCUACAGAUUUAAAUGACUCAGAUGUAGAAUGGACAAUGGAAUCGGAAACCCAGUAUAUCAGUAAAGGAAGUCGUACCCGGAGCAAAAUUUGUCCUCCCAAGGCCCUUAAAAAUGACUACUACCUCGGAAAAACAAGAGCAAGUGAUUCAAGUAAGGUUGAACAUACUACCAAUGCCAGACAAUCCAAACGUGUCACAAGUUACCAAAAGAAAUGUAGAAAACCAAGCUGUAAUGCCAAGUUUCUGACCAAUGAAGCCUUAGAGAUGCACCUGAAAUGUCACACAGAUAAGCCCAAUGUUUUUACUUGUCCCGAGUGCCAACAAAGACAAACCAGGUGGCGUCUCUUGCGCUUACACUUGUGGAAGGUUCACCAGAUAGACACAGACUUGUUGAUCUGUGAUCAAUGUGACUAUAAGACUGAUACUGCUAGCAGACUGAAGGUUCAUCAGGAGAUACACAGUAAGGACAAGCCCUACAGUUGUAACAUAUGUGGAAAGCACUUCCGACAGCUUGCCCAAAUGAGAAACCAUCAGAUGCUACACAAUGGUAACAAAUGUGACAGUGAGCAGGAAUGUGAUAUCUGUAAUCGCAAGUUUGUGAGCAAGAAGUGUCUACAGGUCCACAUUCAGGUUGUGCAUGGAAACCACAAACCUUUCUCCUGCACCGUGUGUGAAUACACUACUGCCCGGAAGGCUCAGCUGGAACUGCACAUGAGAACCCACACCCAGGAAAAACCAUUCAAGUGUGAUGUGUGCUACUAUGCAUCCUCGGAUCACAACUCUUUGAGACGCCACAAAAUGCGACACACUGGACAGAAACCUUACAAGUGUCCCCACUGUCCCUACUCCUGUAUACAAGCCAUUUGUUUCAAAGCUCACAUGAAAAACAAACAUUUUGGUGCUCAUGGAAUCUUCUGUUGUGAAUUAUGUGCAUACAAGUCAGUAAAUGAAAAAAAGUACCUAGAUCAUGUGCGGGAUCACAAAAAUGGUCUCAUUCCUACUACCUCAAUCGUGAAGAAAAAAUCUGAAAAUGUGACAUUUGCACCUAGAAUUCAAAAUAUCAAUCAAAGUGUUCCACAUAUUGAGAUAGUCAGUGCUGGUGAACAGACACCCGUUAGUGUUGUUGGUGGCAAUGUGGAGAAUCAAGGCAAUCAGAUCCAGAUGCAUGUGGAGAUGUCAGAAUCAGGGGAGAGAACCAUAAGAGAGGAGGAUCUUCAGCGACUGAUGAGAGAAGGACUGGUAACAUCAGACAUCACACAGCUAAUCUCUUGUGCUAUGAAUGCCAUUUCUCAGGAGAAUUCUAUCCAAAGUGCAGAUGGCCAGGUGCCAUCUGUUCCAAAUUCUGGACGUUCUACCACUCACAUGAUAACCUUUCAUCUCCCUCCUUCCCAAACCAAUACAGUUCAGCAGCAAGAUCAGAACAUUAUCAGCAUAGAUGCUUUGUCUAGUGGAAAAGAAGAGAAAAAAGAGGCUGCAGUGUAUUUUGCAGACAAUCAAGGGUUACUACUGAACACCAGCGAUAUUCAGCUACAGCAGGAAGGUGAUGCCAGCUCUGUGUUAUUAAACAUUCAGGGAACUACUGUACCGGUUAAUCUAAUCCAAAUUGCUGCCAAUGAGGCAGAGGUCACCCAGAGCGCUACCAUACAGGACUUGGCUCAGAUUAGUUGUCUUGUGAAGGACUCUGUGUAUAAUAACACAACCAUGUACAAUAGUAUAGAGUGAUGAUUUCAGGACAAUACACUAUAUAAAUGAAUAUAUAAUAACACGAAAGCCUUUCGAACUCAUUUUUGUAGGGGGGAAAGGUUUUCUCAUAAAAACACAUAAUUAUGUGGAAAUAGAUUAUAAAAGCAAUUCAAA